UCUAAAUAUGAACGAUAAUUUCAAUUUCACUGUUUUGGGUCAAUUGGGGAACCCCCAACUUCAAGGCGUUGCUAGGGCAUCAAGCUCAGCCUUAGCGGAUGCCCAUGGCGGUGGCGGUGGUGGGACCGGCGCCCAAGACAACCUCCUGCCGAUCGCCAACGUGGGGCGGAUCAUGAAGGAGGUGCUCCCGCCGCAGGCCAAGAUAUCGAAGCGCGCCAAGGAGACCAUCCAGGAGUGCGCCACGGAGUUCGUCGGCUUCGUCACUGGCGAGGCUUCGGAGCGGUGCCGCCGCGAGCGGCGCAAGACUAUCAACGGCGACGACAUCUGCCACGCCAUGAGGAGCCUCGGCCUCGACCACUACGCCGACGCCAUGCGCAGGUACCUGCAGAGGUACCGCGAGAGCGAGGAGCUCGCGGCGUCGCUGAACAGAAGCAGUGCCGGAGGCGGCAGAGCCAUCCAGAUCGACUUGAGGGCUGAACUGUCUAUCUUUCGGGGCAACGAGCAGCAGGACAGAAAUUGACUAUCCAUGCGUGCAUGGAUUGCAGUGUUCUUGCAGAAUCAAUCAAUGCUCUCUCAUCUUUGACGAUGAGAUUGCAAGAAGCUAUCUCGCUAUAUAUAAGCAUGUUGAGUCGUAUUUCCUUUUCUUGUCCGUGUUCUGAUCAUCUCUUGAUCGUGCUGUACCAUGUGUUCUUGUUCGUGAGUUCUACUAUGUCGUAGUCGUACCCGAUAGUACUACAGUUACGUUGUACAACUCCCUCGUGUAUGGUUUGUUUGCAUGCAACGGAUGUGUACUUCAACUACACCUGAUUUU